AUGGUGUGGUGGUCACCAGGCCUGCUGCUGGCUCUGCUGGUGGGGAGCUCAUGGGGGAAGCUGGAGGUGGGCUUCUACAGGAAGAGUUGCCCGGGGGCGGAGGAGAUAGUGAGGUCGGUGGUGGGGGAAGCCGCCGCCAGCGACCCCACCACGGCCGCGGCGCUGCUACGGCUCCACUUCCACGACUGUAUCAUCCAGGUCGGCAUCCGCCGCCGCCGCCUUCCCGUUGACGAAUGUGGGAACAGCUGACGGUGCGAGAAUUCUCACAGGGCUGCGAGGGGUCGGUGCUGAUAUUUCGGCCUGAUGGGAAGCAGGAGAACAUGGCCUUCGGCAACGAGGGCCUUCGGGGAUUCGACGUCAUCGAAAAGGCCAAAUCCCAGCUGGAGGCGGCCUGCCCUGGAGUCGUCUCCUGUUCCGACAUUCUUUCGCUGGCGGCGCGGGACUCAAUCCUCCUUGUCAGUGACUUCUCUACCUUCUCUCUCUCUAUCUCCAUCUCUCUAGGAAGGUGACGUUGUGUGAGCAGAGCAACGGACCGAGAUACGAUGUACCCACGGGGAGGCGAGACGGCCGGGUCUCCAACAUCUCUGAUGGGGAUAAUUUGCCCGACGUGAACGAUUCCGCCGCCGUCCUCCGGGCCAAGUUUGCCCAGAAGGGCCUCUCCGACAGAGACCUAGUCCUCCUCUCCGGUCUCUCUCUCUCUCUCUCUCUCUCUCUCUCUCUCUCUCUCUCUCUCUCUCUCUCUCUCUCUCUCUCUCUCUCUCUCUCUUUCUCUCUCUCUCUCUCUUCUUUCUCCCUCUUAUUCUGGGUUUUCCUCUCCGGUCUCUCUCUCUCUCUCUCUCUCUCUCUCUUUCUCUCUCUUCUUUCUCCCUCUUGUUCUGGGUUCUCCUCUAUGGUCUCUCUCUCUCUCUCUCUCUCUCUCUCUCUCUCUCUCUCUCUCUUUCUUAUUCUCGUGAAAUUCCCGCAGCUGCGCACACGAUCGGAACGGCGGCGUGCUUCUUCAUGAAUGACCGCCUCUACAACUUCCGGGGGAGCGGCGCCCCCGAUCCGUCCAUCAGCUUCCUCUUCCUCCCAGCGCUCAUGGCGACCUGCCCCCGCGGCGGCGACCCCGACGCCCGCCUCCCCAUCGACGGCAGCGCUGCCAGCGAGUUCACCUUCGACGACCACAUCCUCUGGAACAUCGCCGGCGGCGCCGCCGUGCUCCAGUCGGACGCCGCCCUCUACGGCGACCCCUCCACCAGGGCCAUUAUCGACUCCUACCUCCGCCACCGAGGGUUCGCCGUCGACGGGGGAUUCGCCGGAGACUUCGCGGCGGCGAUGGUGAGGAUGGGCCAGAUCGGCGCACUCACGGGAUCCCAGGGGGAGAUCAGGCGCGUCUGCUCCUCCUUCAACUGA